AAAAACGUUUUGUUGCUAUUCUGCUACUAAAUUUCCUUUUUCUACAAACUUCAAAACGGAGCUCAAAACCCUAGCUCAACCCUCCCUCCGUUAAAUUCCUAAAUCUUCCUACUGGAAACGAUCAGAACCCAGAUUCCAGAUUUUUUUUGAUGGCGGGUGGAGGAGCAGAUGCUGUUGAAACUGCAGCCUUGUGCUGUGCUAAAUGUGGCAAGCCAGCUCAUCUUCAGUGCCCCAAAUGUGUAGAGCUAAAGCUUCCUCGUGAAGGUGCUGCUUUCUGCACACAGGACUGUUUCAAGGCAUCCUGGGGUUCUCAUAAAUCAAUUCACUUGAAGGCGAAAUUAUUGGAACUUUCACCUGGCAAUGAGCAAGAUGCUACCUCUCCUGCAAGCAGUUGGCUUUAUUGCUUGAAGAAAGGACAGGCUCGUACACUGAAAAUGCCAAACUUUGAUUGGAUAGGGACACUAAGGCCGUAUCCUAUAUCAAAAAAGCGUGAAGUUCCUGCUCACAUUGAACAACCUGAUUGGGCGAGUGAUGGAAUCCCAAAGGUUGAGCCAAAUAGUGACCUGCAGCACACUGUUGAGAUCAAGACUCCCGACCAAAUUGAGAGAAUGCGAGAAACUUGUCGAAUUGCAAGAGAAGUUUUGGAUGCAGCUGCCCGUGUUAUUCGACCUGGCAUAACUACUGAUGAAAUUGAUGCGGUGGUUCAUGAAGCUACUGUUUCUGCAGGUGGAUAUCCAUCGCCUCUGAACUAUCAUUUCUUCCCAAAAUCUUGCUGCACGUCAGUUAAUGAGGUAAUCUGCCAUGGAAUUCCGGAUGCAAGGAAAUUAGAGGAUGGCGACAUUGUAAAUGUAGAUGUAACUGUGUACUAUAAAGGGGUCCAUGGUGAUCUCAAUGAAACAUUCUUUGUGGGCAACGUUGAUGAAGCAUCUCAGCGGCUCGUGCAAUGUACAUAUGAGUGUUUGGAGAAGGCAAUAUCUAUUGUCAAACCUGGGGUACGAUUUCGUGAAGUUGGAGAGGUCAUCAAUCGACACGCUUUGAUGUCAGGCUUCUCUGUGGUCAAAUCUUAUUGUGGUCAUGGUAUUGGAGAGCUAUUCCAUUGUGCACCAAAUAUUCCGCAUUAUGCUAGAAAUAAAGCAGUUGGUAUAAUGAAGGCUGGCCAGACCUUUACUAUAGAACCAAUGAUCAAUGCAGGUGUUUGGCGUGACCGGAUGUGGCCUGAUGGAUGGACAGCUGUUACUGUAGAUGGAAAAUGCAGUGCUCAGUUUGAACACACUCUUUUGGUGACGGAGACGGGGGUUGAAGUUCUCACAGCACGCUUGCCAACAUCCCCCAACGUGUUCCCCUGGAUACAUUCAUAACCGAUAUCAUCCAGCCAGAUCAAUCUCAACCUAUUUUUGUGCUUUAGAGCUUUGACAAGAAGCCAGUGGUACCCGCUUCGCAUUGUCGGGGGAAUAUCAUACCUUUUUGCUGGAUUUUCUACACGACUUUAUCAAAUUGACUUGCAUUUGUAAUCUAUUGGAUUGAAAAUUUUGAUAAGAAGGUUUGUAGUUCGAAAUGUAUCUGGCUGUAGAAAGCACCUACAAGCCACUCAAAGAUCUAAGUUCUCUUUUUCUUAAGAAUCUGCUAGCGUCCGCUUUUAAUAUUGGUUUGCUUAGGAGUUAAAUGACUGUGUGCUAAUAAUACAGUCUAUGUAGAUUUAUAAUGUGAUUUAGAAAGCUCAAAGAUGCUGAUUCGAUAAUUACGUUGUUAUAAUGCACUCCCAUUACUCCUGUGUGCAGUUAUUUACA